AUGCUAGAGGCAAAGAUUCUGUAUCGUUCUAGUGAUGAUAACGUUAAGGAUUCUUCUUCUGGUGGAAGAAAAUUCAGCAGCAUCAGCUACAUUUCAAACCCUUCCAACAAGAUCCGCCAAGAUUCUGGAAUUGUUGGACAGUCAACGUGUAAUGCAGGGUAUUCGGAAGUUGACAAUGAUUCAAAUUCAAACACUCUGAACCUAAACACGGUUGCUUCAAGGCCGAAGAAGCGUAAAGAUUCAACCUUUUCACAAUCACCAUGGCACAAAAUCUACAUGCAAGGUUCAGAAUUAUGUCACAGCAUGAGCUAUAGUAUCUCAGAACAAGAAUGGGCCCUUGCGACACAUACACUAUCUGAGAAGGUUGAUACAAAUGAGGCGAUGACCCCUUCAAAGAGGAGGCUUCUUUUAUCUACAAACCUUAUGCAACAGCUUUUCAAACCAGCACCAGCGUUUGUUUUCUCGGGCAACAACGCAGCUUACAACUACGAGACCGUGCUUUACUUUGUGUCAAGAAUCGCUCUUGCUAAUGCAUGCUCUCUCCAAUGCCUUUCUGAUUUCAGUAAGAGCACAAAUCGUCAAAUUGUAAAGACUGCUAGUGAUCAAGAUCAACAUUAUUCUUCACUCAUCAAAGAUUUCAUGGAGAAAAAACAGAAGCUUGAAAGUGACUUGCAAUGCUUGGAGAGGACCACAUCGAUAUUAGACAUCAGCUUAGAAAUCCAAGAUCUCGAAAAAUUCUCUGUGAUAAACCAUCUCGCCAAGUUUCAUUUCCCAGCAACGACCUUUACAAGAUCAUUGCCGCAGAGAUACGCUGUUGAAAUACAAAUGCCAAGGAACCUACCCGAGCCAGUACUAGACUGUCUUUCUCUGUAA